GCUUCCGGGGCGGCCCCCGCGGAGGUCGGCAGCUGCCCGCAGUUGUGGAGGGGCGGUGGGAGCGUCGGCGGCUGCGGGCGACGCCAGUUCCGGACGGGGCUCCUCUCAGCUGUCCAGAAGCGUCUCCUGCCUCGCAUCUAGCCCCGGGCCGCCUUCCGACAGCGGCUGUUCCGACUGACAACCUAAGGAGUGCGGGCGCUGAGGGGAAGCCGUCGCCGCCCCCGCCUCGGGGCCGAGGAAGGGUGCCUGUGGCGCCGCGUCGCCCAGCUGCGCCGCCUCCUAGCCCUCAGUGGCGGCCCGGUUCUCGCUGGAAGCACUCCCCCCAGCUCCAUGAAUGGAAAUCGGCUCCGCAGGACCUGUUGGGGCCCAGCCCCUACUCAUGGUGCCCAGAAGACCCGGCUAUGGCACCAUGGGCAAACCCAUUAAACUGCUAGCUAACUGUUUUCAAGUUGAAAUCCCAAAGAUCGAUGUCUACCUCUAUGAGGUAGAUAUUAAACCAGACAAGUGUCCUAGGAGAGUGAACAGGGAGGUGGUUGACUCAAUGGUUCAGCAUUUUAAAGUAACUAUUUUUGGAGACCGUAGACCAGUUUAUGAUGGGAAAAGAAGCCUUUAUACAGCCAAUCCACUUCCUGUGGCAACUACUGGGGUAGAUUUAGAUGUUACAUUACCUGGGGAAGGUGGAAAAGAUCGACCUUUCAAAGUGUCAAUCAAAUUUGUCUCUCGGGUGAGUUGGCACCUACUGCAUGAAGUACUGACAGGACGGACCUUGCCUGAGCCACUGGAGUUAGACAAGCCAAUCAGCACUAACCCUGUCCAUGCCGUUGAUGUGGUGCUACGACAUCUGCCCUCCAUGAAAUACACACCUGUGGGGCGCUCCUUUUUCUCAGCUCCAGAAGGAUAUGACCACCCUCUAGGAGGGGGCAGGGAAGUAUGGUUUGGAUUCCAUCAAUCUGUUCGGCCCGCCAUGUGGAAAAUGAUGCUUAAUAUUGAUGUUUCUGCCACUGCCUUCUACAAAGCACAACCUGUGAUUCAGUUCAUGUGUGAAGUUCUUGACAUUCAUAAUAUUGAUGAGCAACCAAGACCUCUGACUGAUUCUCAUCGGGUAAAAUUCACCAAAGAGAUAAAAGGUCUGAAGGUUGAAGUGACUCAUUGUGGAACAAUGAGACGGAAAUACCGUGUUUGUAAUGUAACAAGAAGGCCUGCCAGUCACCAAACCUUUCCUUUACAGUUAGAAAAUGGCCAAACUGUGGAAAGAACAGUAGCGCAGUACUUCAGAGAGAAAUAUACUCUGCAGCUGAAAUACCCACACCUCCCCUGUCUGCAAGUGGGGCAGGAGCAGAAGCAUACCUACCUGCCCCUAGAAGUCUGUAAUAUUGUGGCAGGGCAACGAUGUAUCAAAAAGCUAACAGACAAUCAGACUUCCACUAUGAUUAAGGCAACAGCAAGAUCUGCACCAGAUAGACAAGAGGAAAUUAGCCGAUUGGUAAGAAGUGCAAACUAUGAGACAGACCCGUUUGUUCAGGAGUUUCAAUUUAAAGUUCGGGAUGAGAUGGCACAUGUCACUGGCCGCGUACUCCCAGCGCCUAUGCUCCAGUAUGGAGGACGGAAUAGAACAGUAGCAACACCAAGCCAUGGAGUAUGGGACAUGCGAGGAAAGCAGUUCCACACAGGAGUUGAAAUCAAAAUGUGGGCCAUUGCUUGUUUCGCCACACAGAGGCAGUGCAGAGAAGAAAUACUGAAGGGCUUCACAGACCAGCUGCGGAAGAUUUCCAAGGAUGCAGGGAUGCCUAUCCAGGGCCAGCCCUGCUUCUGCAAGUAUGCACAGGGUGCAGACAGUGUGGAGCCCAUGUUCCGGCAUCUCAAGAACACCUACUCAGGGCUGCAGCUCAUCAUCGUCAUCCUGCCAGGAAAGACACCAGUGUAUGCUGAGGUGAAACGUGUGGGAGAUACACUUUUGGGGAUGGCUACACAAUGUGUUCAAGUCAAGAACGUAAUUAAAACAUCUCCUCAGACUCUCUCAAAUUUGUGCCUGAAGAUAAAUGUUAAACUUGGAGGGAUCAAUAACAUUCUUGUACCUCAUCAAAGACCAUCUGUGUUCCAGCAACCAGUGAUCUUUUUGGGAGCAGAUGUCACUCAUCCACCUGCUGGUGAUGGAAAGAAGCCUUCUAUUGCUGCCGUUGUUGGAAGUAUGGAUGCCCACCCAAGUAGAUACUGUGCCACAGUUAGAGUGCAGAGGCCCCGGCAGGAGAUCAUUCAGGACUUAGCCUCCAUGGUUCGGGAACUUCUCAUUCAGUUUUAUAAGUCGACACGGUUCAAACCUACUCGUAUCAUCUUUUAUCGGGAUGGUGUUUCAGAGGGGCAGUUUAGACAGGUUUUGUAUUAUGAGCUGUUAGCAAUUCGAGAAGCUUGCAUCAGUUUGGAGAAAGACUAUCAACCUGGAAUAACCUACAUUGUAGUUCAGAAGAGACAUCACACUCGGUUAUUUUGUGCUGAUAGGACUGAAAGGGUUGGAAGAAGUGGCAAUAUCCCAGCGGGAACAACAGUUGAUACAGACAUUACACACCCGUAUGAGUUCGAUUUUUACCUCUGUAGCCAUGCUGGAAUACAGGGUACCAGUCGUCCUUCCCACUAUCAUGUUUUGUGGGAUGAUAACUGCUUUACUGCAGAUGAACUUCAGCUGCUGACUUACCAGCUCUGCCACACAUAUGUGCGCUGUACACGGUCUGUUUCUAUUCCUGCACCAGCGUAUUACGCUCACUUGGUGGCAUUCAGAGCCAGAUAUCAUCUCGUGGACAAAGAACAUGACAGUGCCGAAGGAAGUCAUGUUUCAGGACAGAGCAAUGGGCGAGAUCCACAAGCUCUCGCCAAGGCUGUACAGAUUCACCAAGACACCUUACGCACAAUGUACUUUGCUUAAAGAGUCCAAGUAUGUUCUCUGAGAGGAAGAACUGCAUUGACACACAGCGUAUGUUGAGUGAAGUCGAUCGAGCAAGGAGGGACGCCUCCAGCCAUAUAGAAACCAACACUGUGGGGCCCAGGUCUGAUCCUUAUGUUGGUACAGUGAAGAUUGUCUGCUUCAUCAAGGAAGGCAGCACUAUUAUGCAAUAUGAAACCAGCCAACUGCUUUUUGUGCAGUCUCCGUAGGAAGUAUUGCAAUUGUUUUCUUUUCACUUCUUAUAGUCUAACCGUUUUAAUGCCUUUACCUCAAGUUGCUUGGCAGCACAGCUAUCUUUGCAAAAAAAAGGUAAAUAAGAAGAAAAUGUAAAUGAUGGUUGAAAAAAUACAUACCUACAGGAAUAAUCAGCGAUUGUUCACAAUUGUGUGUGCAAAAAAAUUAACAUGCACUCAUGUAUUAUCUUGUAAAAGUAGUCUGUAUUUUUAAAAUAUAUACAUGCAUACUUCAUAUGCAUAUGUAUCUGGAUCUAGACUGAUAACAGAUAUAUAUGUAUCUGUGUAUAUAUUUUAGAGCUCAUUCCAUUGGGGAAGCCUCUCCCUUUAUUCCCCCGUCUUUGUUUCCCCCUCACACCGCUUGCCUUCAUCAGCUGUAUUUUUUCUCCUCUGAUGCUGCCAGUGACAUUCAAAUGUUCAUGCAUCUAAUUCACUUGACUGUGAAGCAUGGCAAACUAGAUUUCUAUAUUUAUUUUGCAUACCCUACUCCUGUCUCCUGUCUCAUACACAAUUUUGAGUCCUCAACCCUAAUAAUGCUUUCUUAAGAAACAAAAUUAUUUUCUAUCUGUAUCUUUACACAGUGUUGUCAUAUGUCUCCAGACUCAACUUCACAUUUGCCUCUUGGGCAAUGUGUACAUAAGCAGUAGCAACCUAGUAUUCUUUAUCUUCAGUGAGUUUAUCAAAGCUGCUACAAAUGUGAAACCUUGUCAGAAAUUGUAACUCUUUCUCUCUGAUAAGUGACAUGUAUUCUAAAGCCUUCUGCUCCUACAGGAUAGACCCGAAAAUCCCUUAAAGCUUUUAUAAAGGAUAAAUAUUUUAAAAAGUUGGAACUCUGUAGGGUUGAGGCCUCUGAAAUUGAGUAGAGGAAAGAAGAUUAUGGAGUUUUUGUUUUGUUUUGAUUUGCUUUUUGCUGGGUUACUUGCUGCCUCUCAAACCUUAAUGUGAUUUUCAUAUAUAUAUUUUUAUAUAUAUGUAUGUGUGUAUAUAUAUAUAAACAUAUAUGUAUGUGUUUUGAAUUAUAGCUUCCUUUUCUUUUAUAUUUAUUAGAAUACUGCUUUAAUAAUUAUAGGACCGUGUUGACAACAUCUUUUAUAGAAAUAUAAUCAUGUUUAUUUUAAGAACUGACAACUUGUUUUUUGCUAUCUUUUAGUGCAAUAAGCAGUUUUAAAGGAAAGUUGUAUCUUUUUGACAUCUCUAUCAUGGGUAAUGGGAAUGGGCACCUCCGUAAUUUUAUAAGGAUGAAGUACUACAGCCUUAAUUUCAGAAGGGAGGUUUUAUAAUCUUCAGUUUUAAAGCAUACCUUUAAAAAUCAUAGUGAAAAUGAAGAAAGCCUAAUUGCUUGCCUGAGUUUGACCUUAGAUCUUAAAAAUAAAGUUGAAUGAUAAGAAGUGACAGUAAACAACCCAAGACUUAAGAGAUGUCUAAAUUAUUUGAAAAUAGAUUAUGUUUAUGGAAGAAUCAUACCAGCCAGGUGCCAAUUUUUAUUUACUAAGAUAAAUCAAGAAAGUGCAAAUUGAUAUUUUAAAGAGAAUUUUUGCUGAUUUACCACCAAUAUGACUUUCCUUUUAAAACUAACGUGAUACUGGCAAAAGAAGUCGAGACUUCGAUCAUUUUAAAUUAUUUAAAUCACUGAAAUAUGGGAUGGCGGGAGUUCUGCAAAACUUUCGUCUGUUGAUUUCACUUUUAAGAUGUUAAAAAGUACUGAAAAGCUGUCAAAACCAAGUGUGUAAAUAACAUUGGAUUCAGAGGAGUUUUACGCCUUAUCGUUCAUGAAAAUUGCAUUUUGACUUUUUUUGUUUGUUUGCACUGGUCAAGAGUAUACAUAUUUCAGAUUGCUUCCAAAGGGCAUUGUUAUUAGCCUUUAGAAUUCCAUCUGCACAUGAAAACUAAUGGAUUUAGAUCUUUAGUUUGUCUCUUACCUUUAAUCCAUUAACAUUGCCAAUUUACUGUAUUUUGAGCCUAAAAUCUGAGCCGAUGUCCUUCAGUAGGCAUGAAAUCUUUUGUCCCAAUGCCAGAAAACUAAGAAAGUACUGUAUUUUGUAUCUUUAUUAUUUUGAAGCAUCUGAAAUGAGAUUUACAAUACUGUUUCAAAGCACUUUACAUAAUAUUUAUAUAGUAUAUACAUAUUUUUUUUCUCCCAGCCUGCUCCCAUCUUCUCAGAACAAAACAAACAAAAAAUCCCAUUAAAGUAUGCUUGUUUUCUUACAUUGAAACUUCACUGAAUAGAGUCAGGAGUGUGAGCUAGAGAAGACAGCCAUAUACCCUGGGUGGUGCACGUUUUAUUUUUCUGUGCUUGCUCAGUAUGAAUAAAAUGUCUUCCUUCAUUCGUGGGAGCUGCAGGGACUGAUGUGGAAAAUUUCAGGGAGCAAUUGUAGCUACCCUUUCCCUACUCACUGCUUACCCUAAUCUGCAGUCCCUUAGUGUCACUCGUGCUAGGGAGAAUCCCUGAAGUUAAAUGUACCGGGAAGGACAUUUUUUAAGAGGAAAAGUAUUUUUUCUAAACUAUAAAGCUUUACCUUUUGAGUGAUUUCUUUUUUAGAGACUUAACGCUAUUCGACAUUGUUAGUUUAAGGUUGAUUAACUUGAAAGAAUAUGUAUAGUAUAUUUCUAUUUUGCUUACUAACAAAUUGAUGUAUAAGCCUAAUUAUUAAAAAAGAAAACGUUAUGCAUAGAAUUUUAAGAUAAAGGCUAAGUGGCAAAUAUUGGAAUUUGUUCUUAUUAUUAUUGCACUUUUGGUGCAGAAUUCCUAAUUUUAAAAUUUUAAAAAGGUGGUUUUGAGUUUCUUUGUAAAUUUAAACAUGAAACUCAGAAUGACCUCUCUGCUUCUACCCUAGCUCGUGACUGAAUGCUAAAGAUCUGCUAUUUUCUGUGAUACGGCAUAUAAGAGUGACUUUAAAAUGUCACCCCCAGCAACUGUUAAAAAUGAUUUCAUGUGAAGAAGGGUUGGGAGUUUAAUGUAUAUUCCUGUUGGCAAUGUCUGUGAAAAGUGCUGAUACAUGUUCUUACGUUACAGCAGUGAGUUCCUGGCAUUGAGAACUACAUGUUUAUAAUACUGUAGCUGCUAUAUUUAUUUAAGUAGGGUCUGACAGUUACUGCACUAAACCUUAAGAUGAACAGGAGUCAAAGCUUGUAUUAUGCCUGUUGUUUUGUUUCAUUUUCCCAAAUUAGAUUAAGGAGAUAAAAUACCAAGGUUAACAAAGGGUGCUGCCAUUUAGUUACAAUUUAAUACCAGAAUAAUAUUUUAGAAUUGUGGAUUUUCACUUCUGUGGUUUGCAAAAGGUUACCUCAGCCUGGUUUUCGGUACAUUUUCUCAGAACUUGGUUUUUUCACAGAUGCACUUUCUUUUUUCGUGAAUUUCUUGGAAAACCUGUCCCAUGGAAAUACUCCUGCUUUUACCCUAUUAAUUUAUUUCUCUUCCUAAAAGAGAAUCUAGAAGGAAUUUUCAUAGGAAAACUUUAAAAUUGGAUGUUUUAUAAAAUAUUUGAUGAAGAUUCAUCUCCGCCUUCUAGCCUGGGGACUUAGAUCCUCUGAAAGCCUCAUCAUAAUUUCUCAGGCUAGGUUCUGUAUGACCCACCACUGCUUCAUUGUAUUUGUUUAUUGUCUGACGGACUUUAGGAUAGCUGACAGAGGCGUCAUGAAAGACUUAGGCAGGCCUCAGGAAGUAAAAGUUCCAUAGAAAUGACUGGCAAAGGAAAAAGUGUCAAAGGAAUGAAUGAGCCCCCGGAGCGCCAGGAAAGAGAUAUAACAUACUCGUGUGGGUUAUAGAUCGGGCAUUAGGCCGUACUCAAGGAACUUAGGGGGUCUUUUUAGACACAGACAUGAAUUUGUCAGAGGCAGCGUUUUUUAUGAAAUUCAAGAAGCUGGUAGCUUGCACACAGCUAAAAUGUUUUGUAGUCUUCCUGUUUAAAAUGUGAGAGUAAUUCUCAUUCAGGAUUUAUCACCCUGAGUGUAAUGUGUGCUGAACUCCUCCUGGGAGGCAUUGUGGUGAAGACGAAGGCUGGCAUUGACAGGAACUUACUGCUUCAGUUCCCUUUUAUAUGUCAGCCAAGUUGCAAAAAGACAUCAUCAGUCUGGCAUGUUUAUUUUGGCUUUUUAAUCUUUCUGAAGUAUUAGACAUUUUUAUUCUUUUUGAGAACUUGCGGAUGUCUUGAGCAGAGGCAGGCUGGGUAAGGCCUUGCAAAAUCAUUUGUUCUGGCUCUGCCAAGGCAAUUGCAGGUGGAACUUGAAAUUCAGUGAAUCUCAUUUUUAAAUUGAUUUUGUGUGUCUCGCAAAUGAUGUUUUAACUAUCCCCAAACUCCUGGACAGAAAAAAGUAUUCCCUCCCUGCCUUAAAGCAUCAGUAAUAGUGGCUGGGAGACUGCAUAAGUGGGGUCUUCCAAGUGGUGAUAUAAACCUGAUUUAAGAUCUAUCCUUUUUUUUUCAUAUUUUCCUUCCAAUUGAGCAUAAAAAGUACUUUUGUGAUUCUGUAGGAGUCAAAAAAAGUAAGCUGAGAGUGGUUAUGUUUAAAAAAAAAAAUGCAGAAAUUGGAAGGAGAAUUUUCUCAAAAAAAGAAAUAUUUAAAACAAAAAUUCUGUGAAUCUUAAGAACAUUCUUCACCAGUAGCAGUGUUAGAAGUGAAACUGUGAUUAGCAGUGAAUGAAAGUCAAACUAAGUCCCCAGAGCAGGAAGGAGGCCCAGACAUACAGGGUGCUUCAGAGUUUGUGAAAGUGGAAUUAAAAGAUAAGUUUAUUUUGGUGUAAAGCAUGCAUAAUUCUUUUCAUAAUAUGCAACUGUUUAUGUCAUGAAGUAAAAAGAUAUUUUGACCUGCUUUUGUGCUUUUGAAAAUGUUACAUUUAAGUUCAUAAUUUUCCAUAUCAGUAACAAAAUUUUUAACGGGCAAAGCUUACAUUAAAGUUAUCUAUUGCUAGCUCAAGUUUAUUUGACUUGACCCGUUCAGAGUAGCACUUUGAGUUUACAUUGUUGAUAAAAUCUUACUAAGUUUUUAUUCUUAGAGUGCGGAAGUUACAUAUACUUUAGUCGGAAUGAAAGAUAGAAGGAUUGUCCAAAGUUAAGGUUUACCAGUGAGGAAGCCCUGUUGAACUAGCAAGUAACUAACUGUGACAAGAUUGGGACCCUGUCAAUCAUCUAUCCCACCACUGGACUUGUUCCUACUGGAAGCCAGUGUCUGAGGGAGCCAAGGCCUGAUGUUGCAUUAGGGUCUCAGGAUGUUCAGGUUCGACUCUAAAUGAAAUUUUAAGUCAUUUUCUAAAACAAGCAGGUUCUUAGAAAGUGCCUUUACAGAGGAUGGUGCUGUAAAUUUUUAUUUUUCAAAUAGCAUGAGGAUCAAAAUUUAGAGGUAAAUUAUUUUAGAACUCCGAGAGUGUGAGUUUCAUACAGCAGGAAUAAUGUUUCAUGUUGUCCUUAAUCUAAGGAAGCCAAGGAAAGCUUUAUUGCAGUAAGGAUCCAAGAACGUGCUCACCAAAUUUAUUUUGUAAAUUUGAAGACAGAAAUUUUUUUAACAGAAUUAGCCCUUUUUAGUGAAGUUAAGGGAUGAGUGGCAUGGAAAAAAUAACUUGCAGGGAAUUAAUUACCUGUUAUCUGCUAGUUCCCUCUGCCUUUUUUUCCCUUCAACAUACUUUGACUGUAAAGGUUAUAGACAUUUUUUUUCUGACUCACCAGUGUUAGAGAUGACUGCUCACAAACAAACAGCCAAGACGUUGAGAGAUGAUUUUAAGAAAGAAAAUAAACUGCUAGAUAUCUCUAUUUUAAGGAACUUUUUUUAGAACCUGAUGAAUAUAUUUUAAAUGAUUAAAUGAUACCUUUUCUUCUUUUUUUCUUAAAAUAGGAAGAUCUGUGAAAAAUGUUGACAAUGCAUUUAAAAGAAUAGUGAUUUAAAAAUAAAGCAUGCAUGAUUGGGCCUUAGUAAUCCCUGAGAAAGCAGUUUUCCCCCACACUGAGGCACCAUAAACAGCAGGACAUGAUCCUGUAACUAGGUCUGACUUAUGAAUUUGGUAAGUAUUCCUCCAGAAAAAAAAAAACUAAACUAAAAACCUGAAGCACCAUACCUCAGUAACCUUAUAUGCUGCAUUAUGUAACAAUGAUGGUAAAAUUACACUGAUUGUUUGGAGUGUACUGUUUGCCGAUAUAUAUGCACAUUAAACUUUCAUUUUCA